CUGAAACUACUUGCUGGAAAACACAAAGUUGAAAAACUAGACUUAUCUGGAACAAAAACGUUCUCCUCUUUUUUGUUUUUUCCACUGCUGAAUGGAAUGUCAUCGACAGUAAGGGAGUUAAAUUUGAGCUGCACAUCAUUUGUCUUGGACUUUGCUGCCAUGAAGCCACUGAGCUGUUUGACACAUUUGGAUGUGAGCCAUUGCACUCCUAUAAAUGACCACUUGAUGUCGGUUGCUGCACAGAAUAUGGAUUGUUUAAAACACAUUAAUAUCUCUAACACUGCAAUAAGACAUGUCUCUUCAUUCGGGAAACUAAGAGGUCAACUAAAAACAUUAAUCGCUUUUAACACACCAAUAUCAUGGACAAACCCUGCUGAGUUCAAGGACUUUACAUUAUUACAGAAGCUUGAUAUUUCAAGAAGUUCUGAUAAUGAUUUGCACCACGAUGGGAUGAUGGAGUCUAUAAAAUAUGACGAAAUGCUUACAGACCAAUGUAUGAUGCCAAACCUGGUCUCUCUGGAUGUUUCAGGUGUUUCCACAGUAACAGCAGGUGCUUUGCAGUCAUUUCUUAGUUCUCAUCCUAACCUUAAGUUCCUUGGCCUUUGUUUGAUGUCACAGAAUUUACAAGAACAACUGGAAAGAAUUUCUCCUCUUAUUAAGAUUACAGGUGAAGCUACUGAGAAACAGAUCCUUUCUUCAUUACAAAUGUACCCAGACAGAGCUGAUUACAUGAGAGAAGCUCUGCGUGGAUUGUUUCGCAUCAGCAAUGAUUGGACAACAAGAAAACCACAAGUUCUAGAGCUUGUCCUUACUCCACUAGAAAAACAUCCAGGUGAUUUCAAUGUUCAAGUGGCUGCUACAACUUGUGUAGGUAACAUUAUCAGAGAAAGAGGAGGAGAGGCAGACCCACAAGUGCAUCCUCAUUUCUUGAGUAAAGUUGCAUCUUUGGUUCUAUCAGCAAUGAGAACCUUUCCAGAAAAGCAUCAGCUUUUGCAGAAUUGUAUGUCAAUUUUGGGGUCAAAACAAGUUGUCAGAAAAGCAACAUUCAACUACUUUGAAGCAUCAUGCUUGACUAUGGAUGCCCUGUGCAAUUUCCAUGGUAACCAGGAUAUUUCUCAGCUGGCUACACAGCUAUGUGCAAUAUUGUGUCUUAAGUUGACUGAGAGAGAAGCACUUGCUCUUGGCUCAGAGAAAAACAUUAUGACCAUGAUUAAUGUUAUUCAAGAAAAGAUCAGUGCAAGUCAGGAGGAUUUCACAUUGUGUGAAGCACUUAUUGUUAUAGUGAACUUAACUGAUGAGAAACCGAGCACUUGUUCUCUGUUUGUUGAGAAAGGAGGUUUAAAAUUGAUGGUGCAAGGCCUUAAGGUGUUCAGAGAAGGAAGCCAAGAGAAAAAUUUCAUUAUCAAAAGGAGGCUUCUUAUAACACUGAACAUUAUAGCUGAGAUUCCAAGUCUGAGGCAUUUACUCAUCACAGAUGAAUUCAUGAAUCUUUUAGGGUCUUUCCUGGACGAUGGGCUUCUCCAGUUGUCCUAUUUUUGUGGUGGAAUUUUGUCCAAUGUUAUACUGGAGUGGUCUGAUGAUAGAGAGCUACUUUUGCACAGCAAACAGUAUUUACUUCGUAGGCUGGAACAAGCUGUGAACCGAUGGGAAUUUCCUGCAGACCAGUUUGUUACUUAUAAGUCAUUCAGAUCUUUUGUCCCUCUCCUCCAGUGUGCUAUGCCUGCUGUGCAGAUGUGGGCUUUGUGGGGAAUCAUAAAUGUCUGCACCAGUGACAUGCAACGUUAUGCCCCUCUGCUUAUAGAUGUUGGAAUCCGGGAUAUUGUUCGAAGAGUAUUAACAACAUCACACAAUGGAGUCAGAGAGCUGGCACAGAAGCUUUCAGAUACUGUGGCUAAUUUUUAGCCAAGUUAGAAAAAUAUUAACUCCUAACUCUUUUGAAGAGACUCUCAAUGACAACCUAAUACUAGUUAUAGUUCUCACUAGAGCUGCCCCCGCCCUACAGUACCAUUUUCUUUUUUUUUUUUUUUUGA